GCCAUUUUCGAGAAACUCCGGCCUUGCCUCUUUGCUUUCGCAAGGCCGUCCUGUAACUCUUGUCGACAUUUACGGCGCUGUGCCCUGACGGAACUUAUCAGUCAACAUGCCUCAGAACGAGUAUAUCGAGAGGUGGCGCAAGCAGCAUGGUGUGCGCUUGGACCAUGAGGAGCGCGCGCGCAAGAAGGCCGCCCGUGAGGAAGGUCACGGCAAGUCGGCCAAGGCACAAAACUUGCGGGGUCUGAAGGCGAAGCUGUUCGCCCAGGAGCGCCGCAAGGAGAAGAUUCGCAUGAAGAAGGCCAUUAAGCAGCACGAAGAGCGCAACGUGAAGGGUGCCGCAGCCGACAAGGACCCCACGAACCCUGUUCCGGCCUAUCUCCUCGAUCGCAACACCCCCAACACAUCCAAGGCGCUGUCAUCUUCCAUAAAACAAGCACGUGCAGAAAAAGCGGCCAAGUUCUCGGUGCCAAUCCCGAAGGUCCGUGGUAUUAGUGAAGAGGAGCUCUUCAAGGUGGUUCAUACAGGAAAGUCCAAGAGGAAAUCAUGGAAGCGCAUGGUCACAAAGCCCACCUUUGUGGGACAGAACUUCACAAGAAGAAAUCCAAAGUACGAGCGCUUCAUCAGGCCCAUGGGUCUGCGGUAUAAGAAGGCUCAUGUCACACACCCCGAGCUAAAUGUCACCGUCCAUCUUCCUAUUCUUGGAGUCAAGAAAAACCCGUCAAAUCCGUUAUACACUCAACUUGGAGUCCUCUCAAAAGGAACCGUGAUCGAGGUUAACGUGUCAGAACUUGGUAUCAUGGCUGGAAACAAGGUUGCUUGGGGAAGAUAUGCCCAGGUUACCAACUCGCCGGAAAACGAUGGUUGCGUCAACGCGGUUCUCCUUGUUUGAGCAGAAUCAUUCACUGCUACCACUCUGCUGAAUUCUGUGGGAUUAGCAAUUGGUAGAACCGCAGAUUUUGACUCUAUGAGCGAGUCCGAAAAGAAUAAUAGCCAAGGUUUAUACGAAGCAUUCGGCCUCCUGGCUCACAGCUGUUUCUGUUUCCAUUAUGGAAGGCAACUGGGAUUGGAGUCAGUUUGGACUUUUAUUAGACGGCGACCAGCCCCCCAAUAUGACGUGGCUGUCAAAUCACAUAUGCAAAAGAGAGCUGGCUGUUGCAAAAAGCUAAAAGGUCAGAGCCACCGGGAGACGGGCCAGGCCAUUGGAGGGGGUUUAUGAGAUCUAUGGCAUUGUUCGCAAAGCCUUGCGUCAAGGAAUAAACUAGUGCUAGACCUAUACUAGAACCAGUCUAGUCUACAAGUAUUUGAUUCAUUGAGAUGAGACUGGACAGCUAAACCUCUUCUCUGAAGAGGGCCUCUCACAGGUAUUAUCAAUGAUAGAA